CAACCUUCAAGAAGAAUUUUUAAUAUUUGUAUUUAUAAAACAUGAGAAAUUUGACGUUUGAAGGAAUUUCUUUAUUAUCCAUUGAGUAAACAUUCGAAGCUACAUGUUUAAAUUUGUAUAAGAUAACGAUUUGGAAUUCUCCAUUUUUUAGAAAUCUAAUCAGCAAACGAUGUAAAUAUUGAACAAAAUUGAAAUUUAAAACGUGGUUGAGCAAAAAAGAGACAUGUGGUUAAUAGGAACAGCGUUCUUAUUUCAUAUUAUACUUUUGAUGUCGGUUUUUGAUAUAUAUUUUAAAACAACAAUCACCUACGUAAAUGAAAAUUAUUCUAGUCCCUCAACACCUGCAGCUCGAAGAUUAGUUUUAUAUGUUGCUGAUGGUCUUCGAGCUCAGUCUUUGUACAAUUAUACUGCAUUAAACUCUCAUCCUAUUCGAAAUGAUAUAUCUGUUAAGUACUUAAAAGAAAUUAUCGAUAAUGGUUACGCUUAUGGAAUUUCUAACACUCAAGUACCAACUGAAUCUCGACCUGGCCAUGUAGCAAUGUUGGCAGGAUUCUUUGAAGAUCCUAGUGCUAUUAUGAAAGGGUGGCAAGAGAAUCCAGUAGAUUUUGAUUCCGUUUUAAAUCAAACCAAAGAGUCAUGGUGUUGGGGCAGCCCUGACAUUGUUUCAAUAUUUUCAAAAGGUGGUAAUCACAUUCAUAUAUUUAUGUAUGGCGAUAAAGAAACACAGUUUAGUACGACCAGAGAUACAUCCAUACUUGAUAAAUGGGUUUUUAAUCGUGUUGAAUCUUUUUUUAAGAACGCUAAAGAUAAUAUUAUACUUAGACAAAGAUUGGCCAAAGAUAGAAUGAUAUUUUUCUUGCAUUUGCUUGGAAUUGAUACUGCUGGUCAUUCUUAUAAGCCUGGUUCACGGCAAUUAAAUGAAAAUAUUAGAAUUGUGGACGAAGGUAUUAGAGGCAUAACAAGAAUUAUUGAAUCAUUUUAUGAAAAUGACAAUAAAACAAGUUUUGUGUUUACAUCGGAUCAUGGUAUGACGAAUUGGGGAUCACAUGGCUCUGGUGAUCCAACUGAAACUGAUUGUCCAAUAAUAACAUGGGGUGCUGGAAUUUCAAAGAAAUCGAAGAAUACAAAUUAUAUGACUGCAAUUAAUCAAAUUGACAUUGCUGUGUUGAUGUCAACUUUAAUUGGUGUACCAAUUCCAAUGAAUUCAUUGGGUGUCUUACCAGAUGAAUUUUUAAACUUGAGCAAAAAAGAAAUAGCCGAAGCUUAUUUUGUAAAUGUUAAACAACUUAUAGAACAAUAUAAAGCAAAACGUAAACAAACUGAAAACUUAAGAUGGCUUAAGAGUUUUAAACCAUUAACUAACGAUAUUUUAAAAAAUAGAUUGAAUGAAAUUCAAGAGUUGAUUGAUUCGAAAUCUUAUGAUAGUGCAAUUCAAGUAUUUUUUCAUAGAUGGAUUUUAAGUCUUUUAAUGCUGGCUAUUGGAGGCUGGACUUAUCUUAGUUUAAAAAAUGUAUUCACAACAAACGUUUUAUGUUCAUGGGUCAUCAGUACAGCAAUAUCAGCAAUAUUUCCAUUAUUGACUGUCGUUGGAAAAGAAUCAAAUUUAUUCGUCUUUGCUCUAGGUGGAAUAAUGUGGCUGAUCGCAUCGAUGGUUCUUAUCUACUAUUUCUUAAAUAACGAAUAUCUUAUUUUGGGUGUGUUUCAAACGAGUAUAUUGCUAAUUGCAAUCACACUCACAUAUUUGGUGCGAUACUUUGGUAUUCCAGAAGGAGUUCAAACUGAAAUUCAUGCUGUUACUUGGAUUAUUACGGGUGUUAGUAUUUUGGUACCACUCUUUGGAAGUAAUAACAUUAUAAAUCGACUUGGAAAUCUUGUUAUUGGUUUAACAACUCCAUUUAUAUUCUUGUGUGUUUCAUAUGAACCAAUAUUUUUACUUACAUUAACUGUGAAUUUAUUUACGUGGUUGAUAAUUGAACAUAGAGCAAAUUUUUAUAAUUUUAAAGGACAUACUACAUUUGAUAUUGAUAAUAUGUUACAUACUAAAUCGUUUAAUCCAUCACUUAACACAUACAUGAAGAAUCCAAUGCGAAGUUUAAAUAUGCAUGAUUUUAGGCGAGCUUUUUGCUAUUUAUUUUAUUUAUUAUUUGCAUUUUUCGGUAUUGGAAAUGUUGCCAGUAUUAAUUCAUUUGAUCCAAUGUGGGUGAUAUGUUUUGUGAGUGUAUUUAGUCCAUUUUUGAUGACCGCCUUAGUAUUAUGUAAAACAAUAUUUAUUUUUAUAAUUGUUACAUCUAGUUUUCGUGCCAUAAAUAUUGUAGUCGAUGGAAUUUUCAAAAAUGUUUUAUACAUUAUUUUAAUUUAUUGUGAUUUUAUGAUAAUGCAUUUUCUAUUUUAUGUGAAAAAUGAAGGAUCGUGGCUUGAUAUUGGUUUGAGUAUUUCACAUUUCGUUAUAAUUGAGACUGUUGCAUUGUUUAUUUUAGUGCUUUAUGUUUGUGUAUCUUACUACACUAACUAUAGUUUUGUGACUAAAAAAGGUUUACGACAUUCGCAGUUUGGAAUGAAUAAAUAAAUCAGACGCACAAGCCUCGUUCUUACCGUUUAAUUAGUUCAAAUAACUUAAUAUCGAUGAACAUUUUUUGAAAUUUUUCAAUUAUUUUACCGUUUGAGUUAUAAAACACCAAUGAAGCCAAGUAAGACUUUUCACUUUUUUGAGCACUAACAAGUGAUAAGAAAAUUUUAUUAGAAAGUUUUUGUAUAAUUCCAUACCAUUUUGCAAUUAAUUUAUUAAAAAUAUUUUGUUAUCGAAAAUGGCAUUAUUAACUGGAUGGAAUUAAUGAAUACUUCUCCAUAAAUCCCUGUGAAUUAUG